AUGUUCGGUCCUUUUAGAGCUACGCUGGUCGAUCUAGGAGGUCUGCUAUGGAAACGUCCUUGGAGAAUGUCCAAACCACAGAAAUAUAGACUCCGCAAAAGAAUGCAACUUGUAGACUCCAAUAUCGACAUUAUUUACCAGGGACUGACUGAGGAGGGUCUGUCUUGCAAAGUGAUAGAUAACUUGAAACAAAACUUCCCAAAGGAGCAUGAAGUGCUCCCCAAAAACAAGUAUACCGUGUUUAACAAGACAGCCAAAAACUAUAGAAAGGGUGUUCAUUUGGUUCCAAAAUGGACCAAGAAGUCUUUGAGAGAGAACCCCGAGUUCUUCUAA